GAAGGAGGAGGAGUGUGGAUGCUUCGGUCGAGCGGACGGCUGCUUUUCACUCCAACUCAGCACAAGUUAUCCACCAAGUUUCACAGAACAAGUGGAGGAAUGUCUGGAAGAGCGAUGGAGCUGUCGACUGCCCGGGUCUGCUUUGUGCUGUUCAGCCUCUCUGCAGGUUUGGCCUCCGGUCUCGAGAUCACAUCCACGGCGCCGACAUCCAUAGAGAAGGCCAGCGGUCAGAGUGUGAAGCUGGACUGCCAGUUCACUCUGGCCUCCGAGGACUCUGGACCGCUGGAUAUUGAAUGGAGCUUGCUGUCCUCCGACAACCAGAAAGAGGACAAAGUGGUGAUCCUGUACUCAGGCGACAGGUCCUACGAGGACUACUACGCCGCAAUGAAGGGCCGAGUCCACUUCAACGCAGCCGACCCCAAGAACGGCGACGCCUCCAUCAACCUGACGGGGCUGAAGUCGUCGGACUCGGGCACUUACCAGUGUAAAGUGAAGAAAGCUCCCGGAAUCCGCAGCAGGAAGAUGCUGCUGAUCGUCAUGGUGAAGCCAUCCAAGCCCAGGUGCUACGCCGAAGGCCCCAUGCAGGAAGGCAAAGACAUUGUGCUGAGGUGCAAAUCUAACGAGGGCACCAACCCCCUGCAAUACAGCUGGGAGAAGACCAGCGACAGCAAGCUUCUGCCCAGCUCCGCCGUGAUGGAUCCAGUGGGAGGCACGAUCAACGUGAGGAACGCAUCUGCCAGUGCAUCUGGCACCUACCGCUGCAGUGCCGUCAACCGCGUUGGCGCUGAGGAGUGUAUGCUGUAUCUCAACGUGACGCCUCCCCCCAACACUGCAGGCAUCGUCGCAGGAGCCAUAAUUGCCGUGCUCCUGAUCCUCCUCAUCAUUGCCUUCAUCCUCUUCUGCUGUUGCCGUGCCCGUCACAGGAAGAAGUACGAGAAGGAAAUCUGCAACGAGAUAAGAGAGGAUGUGCCCCCUCCAAAGAGUCGCGUCUCAACGGCGCGCAGCUUCACCGUGGGCAGCCAGCGUUCCUCCCUGGGCUCCAUGUCGCCCUCAAACCUGCACGAGUACGCCCUGAAGCCCCAGUACGACAAGAUCCCCUCAUCAGAGGACUUUGAGAGGCCUCCGAGCCACGCCCCUCUGCCCCCGCCCACUGCUGCCAGGAUGGCCGGCCCCAACCUCAGCCGCAUGGGGGCCAUCCCCGUCAUGAUCCCUGCCCAGAACCGGGAGGGCUCCAUCGUUUAGCCUGUCCUCUUCUGGAGGAGGGGCCGUGCAACGAGGGGGAGGGAACGGCAGAAGGGAGUAGGACACAAGCCAAUGAAAACGGAGCUGGGAUGGGCUGACUCGCCUGACUUUUAGCUCCUCAUUAUUUACAAAUGGGAGUGUAUUCCUCUUAUGAAGGAUUGGUUCUGCUGCGGUACUGAGAAGAAUAAUUGAGUUGUACUGGAAUCAUUACAGAGCACAUUAACUUUUUAUCAAAUACAAAUACAAAAUGAAUUUUUAACUUCCUGGACUGUUUCACUGAAAAAUGAAUUGGUGUGGAUAUAAAGCAGAAUGGUCAUAUACAAAUUAUAUUGUACAUAAGUGAAUGCAUGUUUUUCUUUUUUUAUAUAGACAGUCGCUGUAGAGAGACUGUAUGUUCAAAACAGACCCACACCCCUAA